GUUGACUUUCUAUAUAUAAUAAUAGAAUAAUAAUUCAAUAUUGAUUUUAUUACUUGAAUCAUGUGGUCAACACACUAAUAAAACGUCACGCAUUCAUUACCUUUUCUCUGCUUUCCAUAUAAUUUUUCAGAGAAACAGAGCUGCAAAAGAGAUGAAAACACUACAUUUUGCUGCAGUUUUUGUCAUAUUGCUAACUCUAAGUGGCAUUAUAACCUGCUAUGCAGAUAUUAAUAUGAAUCUCGGUUCACAGUGCUCGGUAGACGAUAAAUCUACCGCAGAGAAUGAGUUCCAGAUCAAUAGAAGAAAUCUGUUAGAUUCCCUGGCCGCCAAUGGACCCUUUCAGAACGGUUUCUACAAAACUCAAACUGGUGAGAAAUCUGUAAAAGUCUAUGGCCUUGUACAAUGUAGAGGAGACAUUUCUGCCAACGAUUGCGGUAAUUGCAUAAAUAACAUGACCAAAGAAGCACUGAAUUCGUGCCCCAAGAGCAAAAGUGUUUGGAUAUGGUUCAGGUGGUGUUUUCUACGCUAUUCGAAUGCUAGUUUUUUUGGAUCUAUGGAGCUAAGUUCUGGAGCUUGGUCGAACGAGACUAAUUUCGAUGAUCCAUCAAUGGGUUCGAAAGGACUCGACUUCAUGGGCAGACUAGCAUCAAAUGCUUCAAAACAGCCAUUGAAGUUCCAAACUUCAGUGCUGGAUGUAGGCCGUGGGAAGAGGUACGGCAUGGCUCAGUGCACAAGAGAUAUCAAUCAGGACGAGUGUCACAAGUGCCUGAAUAAUCAGCUUGUGACUUUUAAAGAAAUCAUUGGAAAUAAAAGAGGAUGGGAAACCCAUGGAUCUAAUUGUUUUAUGUGGUAUAAUUACCACCACUUUUACUUCAACAUAUCAACCCCUGCAAGUGAAGGUGGAAGACCCUCUUCACAUAAAGGAGCUGCAAUUGCCCCGGUCGCUGCUGUUUUAGCACUUCUGAUGGUUCUUUAGUUAUUUGGUUGGAUUGGACAUCUUUUACUGCUAGUUGUUCUUGUACUUUGAGUGCUUCUUCUCUUGGCAUUUUUUUUUUUUUUAUUUUGGGUAAAAUUCUUGAAAUUUUAGCGAAACCAGUUUAUAUGGGCUGAACUGCCAUUUAUAAAGUAGCACCAGCCAUUUUGUACAGGAAACAGGUUGCCAAGAAUUGUAAUUAAUUUUUGUUUUUGGAACAGAGGCCUUCCUUCUGAUUUGUAUAAAAUGUAUUCAUUUGUUCAUUGAACAAGAGGUAUUUCUUUGACACCAAAUAAUUUAGCAAGGCCUUGUCCCAAUAAUCUAAAUUCGAACGUUUAUUCAGAGAUGUAAAUAGUAAUCAAACAUAUACCCAAGCCCAAACUCAACUUAUAUAGCAGUAUAGCACAUUUUUUCUUUAAAGGCAGAUCAGGUCGGUUGAAACCAUAAGUACUGGUGUAGCAGACUGAAAAGCUGGAUUAUCUACUGUUUUAUCCAGUUAGUGCUAAACAUUGCCUUUGAGCCAUAACUUUCCUUUUAAAAGCAAUUUUCUAUUGGGUUUUUUUGAAAAAUAGCACUCUACAAAUCAAAACUUGAAAAAUAACCAAAAAGUUUUUUUUUUCUUAAAAACUAGCCAACUUCACCAAAAUACCCUACAUUAUUUUUUUUCUUGUUUUGUUUUUGUCAUUUUUCUCUACCAAAACGCAGCUUUUUUUCUUUCCUUGUUUUUGGUUUUUUCUCUACUUUCUUUUUCCCUUUUGAAACACAGCUAGGGCUUUCGAUCACAGCUAGGGCUUUUCCUUUCCCUUUCGAAACACACCGUCGCCGUUGCCACUUCGACCAAAAUUGUCCUCCCAUUCGCCGGCAUCAUAGAAGAACCAGUUUCUGGAAAAUUGUCCUCCAUCCCCGUGUCCGUGUGGGUUUGUUUGAGCUUCAUCUAUGAUGAGAGUGACAAGUUUUUGGAAAAUCAAAAUUAGCCUGCAAUUUUCUGUAGAAGAACCCAAGUUUCGUCAGUCAGUUCGCUAAAGAAGAAAGUGAAGGAAUCACUGAAGAAGAAAGUGAAGGAAUAGCUAAAAGAGUUUUUUGUAGAUGGGAUCUUGAGCCCUUCCCACAUGAAUGGUUUUGAGCACUCGGGGAUGCUUCUCAUGUUCUUUGUCUUUGGCUCCAUCGCUCUGCUUUCAGAGAGGACACGCAUUGGAGGAGCAAGUGAUGGACCGAGCAGAAGACUGAAGCGUAAAAUUUGAGAUAAUAUAGUUACAAGUGAAUGCUGAGAAAAUUACAAAAAUAAGGAUUUGAAGCUCACACAUACACGUGCGUGCGCGCACACACUCUCACAGAGAGAGAGAGAGAGAGAGAGAGAGAGAGAGAGAGAAGCAUUGGUGGCAGUUUGUUCUCCAUUAAUGUAAGUUGCUUCUCUGAACAAAAUAAAAAAUAUUAUGCAAACUAAUUUUGCAUUAAUAUAACAAAUUUAUCGUUGAAAUUUUA